UUGUAGACAACCAUUUAAUCCAUCGAGGAUGAGACGAGACAAGAAAGAUGAAGAAAAUGGUGGUGGUAAUCCAUUCAGUAAUCUCGAUAAAACAGCUGUCCUACAGGAGGCUCGCGCAUUCAACGAAACACCGAUAAAUGCGCGGCGAUGUAGUCUGAUCUUGAGUAAAUUGCUGUAUCUACGACAGCAAGGUGAAACUAUCGGUCGUACUGAAGCAACGGAAGCUUUUUUUGCUAUAACAAAAUUAUGGCAGAGUAAGGAUUCGAAUUUACGUCGUUUGGUCUAUCUUGCAAUUAAAGAGUUUUGUGAUAUAUCCAAUGACGUCAUCAUUGUUACUAGCAGCCUUACAAAGGAUAUGACUGGUAGAGAAGAUAUCUAUCGUGCACCAGCUAUUCGAGCUUUGUGUUGCAUAAUUGAUGGAAGUAUGUUGCAAGCUAUUGAACGCUACAUGAAGCAGGCGAUUGUUGAUCGAAAUUCAGCUGUUGCAUCGGCAGCUCUUGUCUCGUCAUUUCAUCUGCUUCGGAAGAAUCCGGAAGUGGUUCGUCGUUGGGCGAAUGAGGUGCAGGAAGCUGUUUCAUCGGAUAGCAAUAUGGUUCAGUUCCAUGCUCUUGGCUUACUAUAUCACAUUCGUAGCGGUGAUCGUUUAGCAGUAAAUAAAUUGGUGCAAAAAUGGAGUAAAUCAUCAUUCCGUUCACCUUUUGCAACGUGUUAUCUCAUUCGACUUGCCGCCAAACUUAUCGAAGACGAUGAAGCAGGAACAGAGAGCCAUUUCUUCCAGUUCAUUGAAUCAUGCCUCCGUCACAAAAGUGAAAUGGUCAUCUAUGAAGCUGCUUCUGCGAUUGUUCGUUUACCACGAACAACUUCAUCGGAAUUGUCACCAGCCAUUUCAGUAUUGCAGCUCUUCUGUUCAUCUCCGAAACCGGCACUUCGAUUUGCCGCUGUUCGCACUUUGAACAAGGUAUCAGUGAAGCAUCCGCAAGCGGUAACAUCAUGCAAUGUCGAUUUAGAACAGUUGAUAACAGACCAGAAUCGUUCGAUAGCAACGCUUGCAAUCACAACGCUUCUCAAAACCGGAGCAGAAUCAUCAGUGGAAAGAUUGAUGAAACAAAUUAGCACGUUUGUGAAUGAAAUAAGUGAUGAAUUCAAGGUUGUAGUGAUUGAAGCAAUUCGUUCACUGUGCGCUCGUUAUCCACGUAAGCACUCCACCCUUAUGUCGUUUUUGGCUACAAUGUUACGCGAUGAUGGUGGUUUCGAUUAUAAGAAGAGCAUUGUUGAUACGAUUAUUGCUAUAAUUGAUGAGAACUCAGAUGCAAAGGAAGCAGGAUUGUCGCAUUUGUGCGAAUUUAUCGAAGACUGUGAGCAUCCCGUACUUGCUACUCGCAUACUACAUUUGCUUGGUCGUGAAGCACCGACAACUGCCAGUCCAUCGCGUUAUAUUCGUUUUAUCUACAAUCGAGUUAUUUUGGAAGCUACUCAAGUUCGCGCUGCAGCAGUAAGUGCUCUGGCCAAAUUUGGAGCUCAAUGUCCAGAUUUGCGACCGUCCAUACAAGUGUUAUUAAAACGCUGUUUGCUUGAUACGGAUGAUGAGGUUCGCGAUCGAGCAACCUAUUUUCUUUCAGUUUUAGAAACGGAAAAUCCCUACCUAAUUGCAAAUUAUAUUCUAAAUGGACUGCAGGUGUCAGUUCCGGGUCUUGAAAGAGCGCUGGAGCAAUAUGUGACUAAUGGAGAUUAUGAUAAACCAUUUGAUUUGAAAGUAGUGCCAAUUUCGACUGUUUCACUAUCCGUAACAGAAGUUAAGAAGCCAUCACUGUCCGUGGAAACAAUUGCAGACAAAAAGGAGGAAAAAAAAGCAUCUCGACAAGAGAUUUAUGCAGAACAAUUAGCUGCUAUUCCGGAAUUUGCCAGGUUGGGUCCAUUGUUCAAAUCUUCACAGCCAGCAGCAUUAACUGAUGAAGUGACUGAAUACAGCGUUUUAUGCGUUAAACAUGUUUUCCCGCAACAUAUUGUCUUACAGUUCGAUUGUAACAACACACUGAAUGAUCAGUUGCUUGAGAAUGUUUAUGUUGAAUUGGAGCCAGCACCAGAUACGGAAGGAUGGACGAUUUUAUAUACGAUACCACUAGAAAAAUUACCGUUUGGCAUACAGUCAACGACAUAUAUACUGCUGGAAAUACCCUCAGUACCUGGUGUUGUGACGGCAACAUUCAGCGCAAGUUUGAAAUUUAAAGUUCGCGAUGUCGAUCCUACAACGGGUGAAUUCGAAGGCAACGAGACUUACAAUGACGUUUUUGUGCUGGAAGAAGUUGAAAUAACUGUUGCUGACCAUGUGCAACCAAUGCAGCGAACCAAUUUCGCUGUCAGUUGGGAACAAAUUGGUGAUGGAAAUGAAAAUGAGGAUACGUAUGCUUUAUCAACAGUACAUACGCUGCAAGAUGCAGUGCGAGAAUUAAUGAAAUGCAUAGGAUUGGGCCCAUGUGAAAGAUCCGAUCGCGUGCCGGAAGGUAAAAAUGCUCACUUACUUCUUCUAGCUGGUGUAUUUCGCGGUGGACAUGAGGUUUUAGCAAAAGCGCGGCUUGCAUUGGACUCGGUUGAUAAAACUGUCACAAUGAAUUUCGUAGUCAGGUCUGACGACGCAACAGUAAGCGAAAUUGUAGGAAGUGCAGUAGCCUGAACUCGUGCGUUGAUGGCUGCAGGAUAUAUGUUUUUGCAACAAGCUGUGAUUUCUUAUACCUAUUUAUUAUUUCUUGUCGGCGUUGAAUUAAGCUGGAUGUCUUAAAACUAUAUUCUUAGAAGUUAUUCUAAUUUAUUUUUACAGGUCCCAUAUUUUUGAUUUUAGCUGUUGUACUAAAUGCUCUAUUCAUCAUCAUCGUCGUAGGAGCAAAAAGCUUUUCACUGCACUGAAUCUGAAC